CCGCCCGACCCCCCUGCCGGCCGAGCCCCGCCGGGCCGCUGCGCACUUCGCUUUCGAGCCUGAUCCGGCACCCAGCGCUUACGGGCAAACUCAGAAGAUGAAUCUCUUCCAGUCCAUAACAAGUGCCUUGGAUAAUGCUUUAGCCAAAGAUCCGACUGCAGUAAUAUUUGGUGAAGAUGUGGCCUUUGGUGGAGUCUUCAGGUGUACAGUUGGCUUGCGAGACAAGUAUGGCAAAGACAGAGUUUUUAAUACGCCCUUGUGUGAGCAAGGAAUUGUUGGAUUUGGUAUUGGAGUUGCAGUUGCAGGUGCUACAGCCAUUGCAGAAAUUCAGUUUGCAGAUUACAUUUUUCCUGCAUUUGAUCAGAUCGUUAAUGAAGCAGCAAAGUAUCGUUACCGCUCUGGAGAUCUGUUUAACUGUGGAAACCUCACCAUCAGAGCCCCCUGGGGUUGUGUGGGACAUGGUGCGCUGUAUCACUCUCAAAGUCCAGAAGCUUUUUUUGCUCAUUGUCCAGGAAUAAAGAUUGUUAUUCCAAGGAGUCCUCUUCAGGCCAAAGGAUUGCUGCUGUCAUGCAUAGAGGAUAAAAAUCCAUGCAUAUUCUUUGAACCUAAAAUACUAUAUAGAGCUGCAGUGGAGCAAGUUCCUGUGGAGCCCUACAACAUUCCUCUGUCUCAAGCUGAGGUGCUGCGGCAAGGCAGUGAUGUGACACUGGUUGCUUGGGGCACACAGGUACACGUGAUCAAAGAAGUUGCAGUGAUGGCUCAGGAAAAGCUAGGAGUGUCCUGUGAAGUUAUUGAUCUGAGGACCAUCUUACCCUGGGAUACAGAGACUAUUUGCAAGUCAGUAGUGAAGACCGGGCGGUUGCUGAUUAGCCAUGAGGCUCCCUUGACAGGAGGAUUUGCGUCUGAAAUCAGUUCCACAGUUCAGGAGGAAUGCUUUUUGAAUUUAGAGGCUCCUAUUUCAAGAGUCUGUGGCUAUGACACUCCUUUCCCUCACAUCUUUGAGCCUUUCUACAUCCCAGACAAAUGGAAAUGCUAUGAUGCGCUUCGAAAAAUGAUUAACUACUGAGCAGUAACACAGGAAUUGCUUGUAAUGGCUUUGGGCCUUUAGUCUGAAAAGUGUCUGAAUAUUUUUUAGUAGUGCCACUGAAGUCAGUGUUUGAAAUUAAUUGCUUUCCUUAAUCAGAAAAUUAAAUUUAUUGUAUCCUGUCAAGUAAGAUCAGAUAUAUUUUCACCAAUAUUUAAAGACUGUUAUUUCACAAGAAAACCGUAUUGUUAAAUUACAUUUUUCACUAUUUGGGGUGGACUUGUAAUCCUGUACAAGUCCUUUACACUGAACAUGACACAGGCACUGCAUGACAAAGUGUAGGAAGUGAAAGUGUAGGAAGCAUUUGUAGUGUUCUACUAUUCUAUCCAAAUAUGGCCAUAAGGCUUAUACUUUGUUCUAAAAUAUUUGUUCUAAAAAAACCAUUCUUCUAUAUAACUCUGCCCU